AUGGCUUCUACAUCAGAGUUCGACGAAGAAUAUUCUUUUCUUGACCCGUCAUUCGAGAUUUCUUCUCUCACCAUCAAAAAAAUCCAAUCAAUUCUCACACGCCUCGAAAGUAGCCGAGUAAAGCAGCUGAGGCGGAAACUACAACUGUGCGACGAGUUUGACAGAUUGAAAGGAUCGCCUAAAUGGAAGAGCUUGGUUGAGGAGAGAGAUAGAAAGAUACAGGAAGCACAAGAGGAGCUUAGAGCAACAAGUAAAGAAAGCAGUGCUAAAAAGAAGAAGAAAAGGAGGGCAAAGAGUAACAGGGAUUCAAUGGGAGAGGGAACCGGGGAUGAAUUAGAAUACCAAGAGACGUACUCACCAACACCUAAAGGAAGGCUUGUGCCAAUUCCUCCGCCCAAGGAUUUACUUUUCGAGGCAAUGCACAAGUUAAGUGACGAAGAUGGAAACACAAAGACGCCUAUGACAAGAUAUUUCACCGUGGAUAACUUUAAAAAGGAUGAUACGACUGAUAACGAUAGGUCUUUAAGCAAGACUGAUCUAGCGACGGGAACGUCGAGCUCUUCGUCGCCGCCCACUUUUUCUCAUGUGAAUCAAAGGUAUCCGGUAGUUCGGAACGUAGGAGACCCAGAUCUAACGUCAGAAUUGGAAUUCCGUGAUGUCGAUUACACGUUCGGCAAUCAAGAUGCGAUCACAAAGGAGGAAGCCAAGACCAAACAAGUCGAAAAGAAAAGAGUCGGCAAGAAGCUGAUAUUGUUUAUAUUGGUGAUAGCGAUUCUGGGAAUGGCAUGGGCGUUUGCGUUGAACGAGUGGGUCGUGGAUGCUCUUGACGAAUUGGCUUUUUCGUAUGAAGACAUGACUUCUUGGAUGACCCGACUUUUGAAGCGAGAAUGA